AUGUCGCUUCGCACACCGAUCACACAACUGGCACGCUGCGUCGCCUCGUCCAGCCGUCAGACGUUGCCGCGUCAGGUGGCGAUCGCCUCGCCUCUGCGUUCUCAGCUGCUUCCAUCUACACGCCUAUCUGCGCUGCCGCACCGAUCCUUUGGCUGUUCGGCAUCGCUACGCAACGACCGCUCGCGCAUCGAGGCCUAUAUCCCGGAGACGACCCUUUCCGACUCUGCCGCAUCAUCAAAGAGCGGCGACAUUGACGCGGCGGACGAAGCCAACUCGAUCCCCGUGACGGGAGAGCGUACACCCAUCGGACAGAUCGAGCAGCGUCUCGCCAUCACGUUCACCUGCACAGUAGACGAGUGCGGCCAUCGCAGCUCGCACGAAUUCUCAAAACGUUCCUACACCAAAGGCAUCGUCAUUGUACAGUGUCCAGGCUGCAAGAACCGACAUCUGAUCGCCGACAACCUCUCGUGGUUCACCGAAACCGAAGACGAACCGCGCACCAUCGAACAGAUGAUCGAGGCCAAGGGUGGCAAGGUACGCAGAGGUACUGUCGGCGUAGACGGAGAAACGGGAGAGACUAUCGAGAUCCUUUCCUAG